AUGACUCUAGUUCAAGAUAUCCACAAGAACGCCAACGCACCCAACUCUUGCCAAUUCACUCUCCCCACAAGAAGAGGCGAAUACCUCAUCCAAGUCUCUUGGCCGCUGUGCUGGAGCAAAGAACGCGCACCGCCUGAAGAUGACACUUCAACCAUCUCCACUGUAUACGUUGUUGAUGGAAACGCCUACUUCUUCACAGCAACAGAUAUCGCGCGUCGAUUGGAGCUUACUCACCACACUAGAGUUGUCAUUGUAGCAAUCGGCUAUCCCAACAAAACAUGCGUGUUUGACAAGCGUCGCAAUGGCGAUUUGACACCUGAGGCUUCUGAUGGCACCUACAGUGUGCCGCCUGGCCCUGAUGGGAAGCCCUCCCCGGGACCAUUUGGUGGAGCAUCCGACUUUUUGGAUAUAAUUGACACCCAAAUCCGACCAUAUAUAGAAGAGACACUCCUCCCAAAGGUCCCUCUCGGAUCUGCGCCCAAGGCUCUGUUCGGCCAUUCCUACGGCGGCCUUUUCACCCUCAACGCUUUAUUCACUCAACCAGAUUUCUUCGAUACCUUCAUCGCAGCCAGUCCAUCCAUUUGGUUCAACAACAAAAGCAUUGUGCACAAUCAAGAGAGAGAAUUCCACGCACGCGAACCUCCUAACGCUCAAACUCCACGACUCUUGGUCAUGUUUGGCGGUGCUGAACAAACGCUUAUCAAAUUGCCUGGAGAAUCGGAUGAAAAGUUUGAAAAGAAGCAGAAGGGAGCGUGGGAGAGGAAGAUGAAUGAUAACGCAAUGGAACUGGUAGAUAGGAUGAAAAAGUCAAAGAAACUAAGGGAUGUUUGGAUGUGGGAGUUUGAGGGGGAGGAUCAUGGUGGUGCAGCACCUUGUGCUUUACAGAGAGGGCUAUUUAGGUUUCUGAUAGAUCAACGUACAAAAUAG